CCGUGAAACGACCGAAUGACGACGCGACUGCACCCCUGAUGGAAUCCUUCCAGUGGAAGGUUGCUUAUGUCUCGUAGCCAGAAACCCCGUUUACCCCAUGUUCAUCUUGUCUGAAAAACACUGGCAAUCUUUCACUUCCUACGCGCUUCUUUUCUCUCGAAGAAGCUGCCCCCUAUACCGGCAGACGUGUUUUUCCAAUUCCAGCCAUCUUUUUGGCGAUGCAAAUGCAUGCUACACUCCCGUCAUCGUACCGUGCGGAUUACUGUCGCGGAGAAAUGGCUGCGAAGAGUGCAAGCUCUCUGCUGUAUAUGCUGCUGUCAAAUUCAAACUCCUGGCUGACGGUAGAUGCGGCAUCUCCCAAGGCUUUUAGGACGGCUCAACAACCCUCGUUUUUCGGAUGUGUUCACACGUCUGUUCCUGUGCAAUCACAGUCGCAGCCAGCGUUUCGCCACGAAUUUGUGUCACGCUGUUUAUCGGGGUAUGUUUGUUUCACACAGGUGUUUUCUCGUGUAAAACAGAUCCAGGCCACAAGCAGCGCCAGCGACGAACGCUCGUGGACAUCUGUACCGACAAGCGUGUGAACAGCUGUUGAACAAGUGUCCCGCUUACAUUUAAACGUGCAUAUAAAUAGAUAUACCGGAAAUGUACAAUGCGGUGGUUUCUCGGCAUCGGUAACACCCGCAUUUGUGUUGACUUCCAGCAUCACAUUCUACAAAGGAACAACGAACGGGAGAUGCUACCUGUUUCGUUUUCCCAGCUG